AAAAAAAAUCCCAAAAUGAAAAACAAAACAAUUAAUGUAAAUGCAAAAUGGUACGAAAUAAUUCCCAAAUUUUCGGCAAUGGCGCUUCCCCUUUCCACACACCGAGAGUGGAGUUAUAAUUAUUAUUAGCAUCAUCAUCACUAAAAAAACAAAAAAAAACUCACGAGAACAACCUCUUUCUCUUCUUUCUCUCACUCUCCAAACCCUAGAAACUUCUCAUAGAAGCUACUCCUCCCGAUCUCUCUAGGCUCAAAAUUUUCAUUCUUAUUCAGGAUUCGGUUGCGAACGACUGUGGUGGUGGCGUUGUUGUUGCUCCGCAGCAUUUGAUGGUUUCUGAGAAGAGUGAAAUGAGCCCUAAGCUCAAAAUCACCGUGAAAUAUGGCGGAAAAGAAACGGAAUCGAAGGAUACGCCAAUGCAGCAGCGGAGAUCGAGUGCUAGAAUUCAAGCGAAGCAAAAAGAGGUUGAGGAGAUUAAGCUUCGGAGGAUAGCGGAGGUCGUAGAGGAGAAAGAAAAAUCCGGCGAGGUAGUGACGGCGAAGUCGAACAAGCGGAAGAAAAUUAACGACGAGGAGAGUGUGGUUAAGGAAGAGGUUGUUUCGGAGCAACAGAAGAAGAAGAAGAAAAGUCACUGCGAGGAAAGUCUGGUUAAGGAAGAGGAUGUUUCGGAGCAACAGAAGAAGAAGAAAACUAACGGGGAGGAGAGUGUGGUUAAGGAAGAGGUAGUUUCGGAGCAACAGAAGAAGAAAAAGAAGUCGCCAGCUACUGCGAGACGUGAGCUGAUGGAGGUUCGGAAUGAAGAAAUAACGGUGGGUUCGGAAAAUGCGGUUGGUGCAUUGGGUGACAAGAGCUUAACCGCUAAGGUGAAGGAUACGAUUAGGGUGUUUAAUAAACACUAUCUUCAUUUGAUUAAGGACGAGGAGGAGAGGUGUGCUAAAGCGAAAGCCGAAUCUGAGAAGAAGAAGAAAGCUGGUAAAAAAGUUUCGAAGGCUGAAGCUGAGAAGAAGAAAACUGGUAAAAAAGAUUCAGCAAAGAAAGACAUUCAACCCAAUGAUUCAAAGCACGCUGCCAAGCGACCUGAUCUGAAGGCUUUAACCAAGAUGAUGCAAAAUAAUGAGAUACUGUAUCCUGAGAAAAGAAUUGGCAACAUUCCAGGUAUUGAGGUUGGAUAUCAGUUCUAUUCUCGUGCUGAAAUGGUAGCUGUUGGUUUUCAUAGCCACUGGUUAAAUGGCAUUGAUUUUAUCGGCCAGUCUUAUUCCAAAGUGUACAGCUGCUACGAACUCCCAGUUGCAGUGGCCAUUGUUUUGUCAGGCAUGUAUGAGGAUGAUCUGGAUAACGCAGAGGAUGUUGUGUACACUGGUCAAGGUGGGCAUAAUCUGACUGGUGAUAAGCGUCAAAUGGGAGAUCAAAAAAUGGAGCGGGGCAAUUUAGCACUCAAGAACUGUGCAGAGCAAUGUGUGCCAGUUAGGGUGGUUCGAGGUCAUGAAUCUUCUAGCAGUUACACUCGUAAAGUCUACACAUAUGAUGGUUUGUACAAGGUUGUCAAUUAUUGGGCAGAGAAGGGAAUAUCUGGCUUCACAGUCUACAAGUUUCGGCUUAGGAGGGUUGAGGGACAGCCUACAUUAACCACAAAUCAGGUUUAUUUCACAUGUGGACGUGUACCUCAGUCUGUAGCAGAAAUACGAGGGUUGGUAUGUGAAGAUAUCAGUGGCGGUCAAGAAGAUGUGCCUAUUCCUGCUACAAAUUUGGUUGAUGACCCCCCUGUUCCACCCACAGGUUUCAAAUAUUGUAAGUCUCUGAAGGUUGCAAAAAGUGUUAAGCUUCCCGUGAAUGCCCCUGGGUGCAAAUGCAAAGGCAUUUGUAAUGAUCCAACAACUUGCGAAUGUGCGAAGCGCAAUGGCUCUGAAUUUCCCUAUGUAUCUAAGGAUGGUGGCAGAUUAGUUGAAGCCAAAGAUGUUGUGUUUGAAUGUGGUCCCAAUUGUGGUUGUGAUGAUCGUUGCGUGAACCGAACUUCUCAAAAAGGACUUCGAUAUCGUCUUGAGGUUUUCCGUACUGCAAAGAAAGGAUGGGCUGUUAGAUCCUGGGAUUUUAUACCUUCUGGAGCACCAGUUUGUGAGUACACAGGAAUACUUGCAAGGACAGAAGAUAUGGACAGUGUAUUGGAAAACAACUAUAUUUUUGAGAUAGAUUGCUUGCAAACAAUCAAGGGACUUGGUGGAAGAGAGAGGCGGUCACAAAAUGUACCAUUUGCUGUAAAUCUGUUGGACAAAUAUGAUGACCAAGGUUCUGAAAGUGCACCAGAGUUUUGCAUUGAUGCAGGAUCUACUGGAAAUAUUGCUAGGUUUAUAAACCAUUGUUGUGAGCCUAAUUUGUUUGUACAAUGUGUUUUGAGCACACACCAUGAUUUGCGAUUGGCUCGAGUGAUGCUCUUUGCUGCUGACAACAUACCCCCUUUACAGGAGCUGACAUAUGACUAUGGCUAUGAGCUUGAUAGCGUCUUAGACUCUGAUGGCAAGAUAAAGCAAAUGCCGUGCUAUUGCGGAGCUACAGGCUGCAGGAAGCGAUUAUUCUAAUUCUCUUACCUUUGUGUGAUAGAAGCUGUAGGUCCUUUUGUCAAUUAGAGCGGUUGUGUAUUAUUUUUGGUGUGCAUCAACACAUGGUCUCCUAAAACUUAAUUAGCUAGUGCUCUUGACAUACUUGGUUCAUUUACAGUAUAGAUUUGGGCCGAAAAUGAAAUUGUAAUUUUUUAUGUAAAUUCGAGAGAAUGGUCUAGAUUUUCUUCCCAUCAAAAUAGCCUAUUUAUUGAAUGUUACAAUUUAUUAUUUGGGUGCAAAA